CACAAGUGUACUUUCUUCUGUCAAAUAUACAGUUAGCAGUAAUGAUAGAGUAUAUAAAGAGAGGCAUAUUCAAGCCCUAACUAAAAAUCUUCUAACAGAGCCUGCAAGUGUAGCGACUAAUCAAAGUCAGCAAAGAAGUAAUGGAGCAAGGUCAGACAACACAAGUUGGAACAAGGAAAUCUUUCCCACCUCCCUCGUUCCGGUCGAUGUGUUUUCACAACAUCUGCGAUGGCUUCAGGAUAGGCAAGGAGGAUCACUACUAUGCUCUCUCCAUUCGCAUCACUAUUGUGGCAGCUGUAGUGUUGGCAUGGCUUCCAAUGCUCUUCAGUGUGGCAGCCAUCUUCAUUGCAAAGAAGGCUCAAAAGUUGGAUAUUGAAGGCAACACAGCUGAGGCUGAGAAAAAGGCUGCUCUGGCCAAGAAGCUCAACAUUGUAGCCUACAUCACUACCUGGAUCUACAUUAGUGCUUGGCCAUUUUUAAUCGUAGGAGUGGUGUUCUUAAAUAACACUACUUAUUACGCUUCAUAAGAAAGAACACACAAAGUAUUUUGAACUUUUGAGAUAGGUCUAAACAUUGUUAUGACUAUGUUUUAUGUAUAGCUUAGUUCUAGAAAUGGAACACACGUAUUUAAAAGAAGAAUGUAAAUACUGUACCCAUCAUAGCAAUAAUUAUGUCAUAGAUA